AUGGAGCACCCGGCCAAAAGAGUUCGAGUUUCCUCGGAAAGUGAAGAUCAAAAUGGAGGCGCAUCUGCGCCGCUAUCUUCACUUCAUCGGAUCAUCACACCGCCGCCGAGGGCUCGCCCGCAAGGCCCGCGAGUCUCUGACAGAUCCUCGUACGAGGAGCUGGCCGGUGCCCAUCAUAGUGUAUCUCAAGUAGAGAGUUCAUCUCACGAGCUAGCUCGUCCGAGUGAUGCUCAAGUGAUUUCAUCCCCGAUCCAGCUCACUCACAUUCGUGAUUUCCCUGAAUCCAAGGGCUACAAUGUCGACACGGUCAAACUCCGGGAUCUUCUAGGUGAUCCAAUGAUUCGAGAAUGUUGGCAAUUCAAUUACCUCUUUGAUGUGGAUUUUCUCAUGUCUCAAUUUGACGAGGACGUCCGAAGCCUGGUCAAGGUCAAAGUGGUGCAUGGAUCCUGGGAACGCGAGUCUGCGAAUCGAGUUCGCGUCGAGGAAGCUUGUUCACGAUACCCAAAUGUUGAACCCAUCAUUGCAUACAUGCCUGAACGAUUUGGGACGCACCAUUCCAAAAUGAUGAUUCUCCUUCGACAUGAUGAUCUCGCUCAAGUCAUAAUUCACACGGCGAACAUGAUCCAUGGAGAUUGGGCAAAUAUGACUCAAGCAAUUUGGCGAUCCCCUUUACUCCCCUUGCAAGCGCCAGGCAAGUCGACAGCCGCUUCGCAACAGGCUACCUUCGCCACUGGUGCGCGAUUCAAACGAGACCUGCUCUCGUAUCUCAGAGCGUACGGAUCCAAGAAGACAGGAUCGCUGGUUCGGGAAUUAAAUCGGUUCGAUUUUGAUGCUGUUCGGGCAGUACUUGUCGCGAGUACACCGUCCAAGCAAGAAAUCAGCAAGCUCGAUUCCGAUAAUGCUACCUUAUGGGGCUGGCCUGCACUGAAAGAUGUUCUAAGUCGGAUUCCAAUUCACGACAAGACAACAGAGACAAUCAGGCGCUCUGUAGUCAGCCCACAUAUUAUUAUACAGAUUUCAUCCAUAGCUUCCCUGGGCCAAACAGACAAAUGGCUCAUGGAGACAUUUUUCAAAGCGCUCGCGCCAACACGACCAGUCUCGCAAUCCAAAUUCUCCAUUAUUUUUCCCACGCCCGACGAGAUCCGUCGCUCACUUGAGGGCUAUGCUUCCGGGGGCUCAAUACAUAUGAAGACGCAGAGCGCUCCACAGCGCAAACAACUAGAGUACAUGCGACCGUUUUUUUGUCACUGGGCAGGAGACGGAUCUUCGUCUUCCACCUGUAUCGAUCUGUCAGGGGAUGACCUUUCUCCUCCACCUCGGACCAGACGAGAAGCGGGCCGAGCGCGUGCAGCGCCUCAUAUCAAGACCUACAUUCAAUUCACGGACGGAGAGACUAUGGACUCUAUCGAUUGGGCCAUGGUCACGUCUGCGAAUCUGUCUACGCAAGCCUGGGGCGCGGCGGUGAAUCCGAGUGGUGAAGUUCGAAUCUCCAGCUGGGAGAUUGGUGUUUUGAUGUGGCCAGAGCUGUUUGUGGAUGAAAAGGUGAACGCAUCGACGAUGACGGAAUCAAGGUCAGCGGUCAUGGUACCCUGCUUUCAAAAGGACCGGCCUGAGUUCACGCAGCUGGAGACCGGGGGUUCACGAACCACUGUAGGAUUUCGAAUGCCCUACGACCUACCCUUGACACCAUACGGCGCCUCGGACGAGCCAUGGUGUGCUACGGCAUCGCAUACCACGCCAGAUUGGCGAGGACAAACCUGGAUCGACUGA